UGUUUUUUUUCUUUCUUUUUUUAAAGCUCUUGUCAGAUUGACUCAGAUCUUCCUUCAAGAGCCAAAAGCUGUCAAGAUGCUUUCAAGAUUGGGGAAAAUCAGAAACUCAAGUCUUUGUGGCUGUCCCAAGUGUUUAACAGAGAGUGAUCCGUGGUUUAGGGAGCUUAUCAAGGCAUCUCCUCAGCCCUUUUUGUCAAAAAACUACACACCCUUAGAGGACGAUUUCAACUGGUGGAAGGGGUUACAGUCGGAAGGACGCAGCUUUAUUUUUUACAAAACAACAGUGGAAAACCUAUUUAGGAUAUUCCCACCCAAACCAGAUGUUGUAGAAGCCAGCCCUGACCGCUGCAGGACUUGUGCUGUGGUGGGGAAUUCUGGUAAUUUGAAGGGAUCACAUUAUGGACCUCUCAUAGAUUAUCAUGAUACCGUAAUAAGAAUAAACCACGGCCGUACUAAAGGCUAUGAAACAGAUGUUGGGACCAAAACAACCCAUCAUGUAAUGUAUCCGGAGAGUGCAAUAACUCUGGACAACACUACUCAUCUUGUGCUGUUUCCUUUCAAGAUAAAUGAUUUAUUGUGGCUUCUCAACAAAUUUAAGCCAGGGGAUAAAAAUGCUGCAAACUCACAGGGGAUAGCGAACAAGGACUUAGUGAUGAUCCUCAAUCCAGCUUUCAUGAAAUAUGUUCAUGAACUUUGGCUUGAAAAAAAGGGAAGGUAUCCAUCUACUGGCUUUAUGGCAUUGGCUUUUAGCCUGCAGAUUUGUGAUGAGGUUGGUGUUUUUGGAUUUGGUGCAGACAGUGAUGGAAACUGGAGCCAUUACUUUGAGAUUCUCAGAAACAAAAAGCUGAGAACUGGACCUCACGCAGGAAUGCAUGAAUAUGAAGUUAUCCAACAACUAUACCAUGAGAAGAGAAUCCGUUUUUUUAAAGGAUCUUAAAUAUAAUUUUUAUUUCUCUCAGUCUGUGUCUGUAAGUCAUUGACUGAGUACUGUUCUUUGUGAAGGUUAUAGGGGGACAUAUUGAAAGAAAUAGAAUAUAAUAGAAUUAGUAUUAGAAUCACCCUUUUAUUAAUAAAAUGGGCUGUUCUUAUAUACAUAGUGAGCAGGACCUCAUUUAUAGAAAUCACAAUGUUGCGCCGCCAUGUUUCUACAGCAGCCCAGAAUGGACAAACCAAACACCAUCGCCAUAUAGAACCAUUCGUGUUUUCAUGUCGAUCGCUGUAGUUAUAAGCCCAUCUGUAACAAUCCGCCUUUAAAAAAUCAUUGUUUUGUAAUGUGAAAGUGCUUCAUUAAGUGUUUUUACUGUUUUCAAUCACCUGGUUCUUGUUUUGAAAAGGAGGUCUCUGCGGACAAUUUGGCACUCGGUUUAAGCCUCCUUCACAAUGAACACCAAGUCAAUUCUUUUUCAGCUGGUUGCAUCAUCACUAGAUGAUCACUGAAUCCCCCUAAAUCUUACACAUUGAACCUUGUAAUAGAGCAUCGGAAAAAAAAAACAAAAAACUUGAUUACGUAGAUAUAUAGAUGUGGCCUUUUAUUAGUCAUGCUGUUAUUUAUUGAGCUUUUAAAUUAGUUCAAGUCAUUUUUUGAACUUCUGUAUUUUUUUUUUCCAUCAAUAUAUUAAGUAAAGUAGUAGCCUAGUGUAGCAAACCAUUCAUUGUGUUUACAAUCAGGUACAAUAUCUGUGCCCUUUAUUUACAUUCUGGAGAAAACACAAACCAA